AUGUCUGAAGCACUGUUCAUUUAUGCCACCUCUCAAGGCCUCGGGAAACGAUACCGCCCGGCAGUAGAGGCGAGUGGUGCCGGGAGCGCUGCCAAUGUUCACACUCGCCGUUUGUUUCUCUGGGACCGUAUCACUGGCACCAAAUUCCUUGUUGAUUCUGGUGCCGGGGUUAGCGUGGUUCCACCAACUCCGGCCGAACGCAAAAACCGCAGCUCUUUUUGUCUAACAGCUGCCAACAACUCCAGCAUCCCCACCUUUGGACAGCGCUCCGUCACACUCGACUUGGGCCUUCGUCGGAUUUUUCGAUGGGCUUUCAUAAUUGCCGACGUCUCUGUCGCCCUCAUGGGCGCUGAUUUCCUGACUCACUUCAAUCUGCUAGACGACUUGAAGAACCACCGUCUCUUCGACAACCUCACUAACCUUCGUGCCCGUUGUCAGUCCGAAAUUAACCCGCACCUCAACUCUCUUACUAUUAUGCCCAUCUCCGACUGUCCUUUCCGCUCGCUCCUCAGGCAGUUUCCCCGCCAGACCAACCCCUCAUUUUGA